CGGCAUGGAUGUCCACACCCGCUGGAAAGCGCGCAGCCCGCUCCGCCCGGGCGCCCCGCUGCUGUCCCCGCCGCUGCUGCUGUUGCUGCUGCUGCUGUGGGCGCCGCCUCCGAGCCGCGCAGCUCAGCCAGCAGAUCUCCUGAAGGUUCUAGAUUUUCACAACCUGCCUGACGGGAUAACCAAGACCACGGGCUUCUGCGCAGCGCGGCGAUCUUCAAAAGGCCCCGAUGUCGCCUACAGGGUCACGAAAGAUGCCCAGCUCAGUGCGCCCACCAAACAGCUGUACCCUGCAUCUGCGUUCCCCGAAGACUUCUCCAUUCUAACCACUGUGAAAGCCAAGAAAGGCAGCCAGGCCUUCCUGGUCUCCAUCUACAAUGAGCAGGGCAUCCAGCAGAUCGGCCUGGAGAUGGGCCGCUCCCCGGUCUUCCUCUACGAGGACCACACCGGGAAACCGGGGCCAGAGGACUACCCGCUCUUCAGAGGCAUCAACCUCUCAGAUGGCAAGUGGCACAGAGUCGCGCUCAGCGUCCACAAGAAGAACGUCACCUUGAUCCUGGACUGCAAGAAGAAGACCACCAAGUUCCUGGACCGCAGCGACCACCCCAUCAUUGACGUCAACGGCAUCAUUGUGUUCGGCACGCGGAUUCUGGACGAGGAGGUCUUCGAGGGGGACAUCCAGCAGCUGCUCUUUGUCUCGGACCACCGGGCGGCUUACGAUUACUGUGAGCACUACAGCCCUGACUGUGACACCGCCGUCCCCGACAAGCCCCAGUCGCAGGACCCCAACCCAGAUGAAUAUUACCCGGAUGGAGAGGGCGACGGGGACACCUACUACUACGAGUACCCCUACUACGAGGACACGGACGACGUGGGCAAGGAGCCCAGCCCCACCAAGACGCCCGUGGAAGCUGCCCGAGAGACCACGGAGGUGGCCGAGGAGCAGACCCAGCCCCCCACCAGCGCGCCGGUGCCCGACACCAGCGAGGCGGCCGGGAAGGAGGAGGACCCCGGCCUCGGGGACUACGACUACGUGCCCAGCGAGGACUACUACACGCCGCCCCCGUACGAGGACCUCAACUACGGCGACGGCCUCGAGGGCCCCGACGAGAACCCCGACCAGGGCGCCCGGGCCGAGGUCCCCACCAGCACCGUCCUCACCUCCAACGCCUCCAACCCGGCUCCGCCUCCGGAGGAAGGGCUGGACGACUUGGACACGGAGUUCACGGAAGAGACCAUCAAGAACCCGGACGAGAGCUACUACGACCCGUACUAUGACCCCACCAUCGCCCCGUCGGAGAUCGGGCCCGGGAUGCCCGCCAACCAGGACACCAUCUACGAAGGGAUGGGAGGACCGCGGGGCGAGAAAGGACAAAAAGGAGAGCCCGCCAUCAUCGAACCCGGCAUGCUUUUGGAGGGGCCGCCCGGCCCAGAAGGCCCCGCGGGUCUCCCGGGACCUCCAGGAACGAUGGGUCCCACUGGCCAAGUGGGCGACCCUGGAGAAAGGGGUCCCCCUGGACGCCCGGGCCUUCCUGGGGCCGACGGGCUGCCCGGCCCUCCUGGAACCAUGCUCAUGCUGCCUUUCCGGUUUGGAGGGGGCGGCGAUGCGGGCUCCAAAGGACCCAUGGUCUCAGCGCAGGAGUCCCAAGCUCAAGCCAUCCUCCAGCAGGCUCGGCUGGCGUUGAGGGGGCCGGCCGGCCCCAUGGGUCUUACUGGGAGACCCGGCCCCAUGGGCCCUCCUGGGAGCGGAGGUCUGAAGGGCGAGCCGGGAGACAUGGGGCCUCAGGGUCCCCGAGGGGUGCAGGGCCCGCCCGGCCCGGCAGGAAAGCCUGGAAGAAGGGGCCGCGCUGGCAGCGACGGAGCCAGGGGGAUGCCCGGACAGACCGGCCCCAAGGGUGACCGCGGCUUCGAUGGCCUGGCUGGACUACCGGGAGAGAAGGGCCACCGGGGUGACCCUGGUCCUUCCGGCCCCCCGGGGCCUCCCGGGGACGACGGAGAAAGGGGCGACGAUGGAGAAGUCGGGCCCAGGGGGCUGCCCGGGGAGCCCGGGCCGCGUGUGCUGGGGCCGAAGGGGCCCCCGGGCCCUCCAGGACCUCCUGGUGUGACGGGAACGGAUGGCCAGCCAGGCCCGAAAGGCAACGUGGGACCCCAGGGAGAGCCCGGUCCCCCCGGACAGCAGGGUAAUCCAGGUGCCCAGGGUCUCCCAGGCCCCCAGGGAGCCAUCGGUCCACCGGGAGAAAAGGGUCCCCUGGGUAAACCAGGCCUCCCAGGAAUGCCCGGCGCCGACGGACCCCCGGGGCACCCCGGCAAGGAAGGCCCCCCUGGAGAGAAAGGAGGCCAGGGUCCGCCUGGCCCCCAGGGCCCGAUCGGCUACCCGGGUCCCCGCGGAGUCAAGGGGGCAGAUGGCAUCCGUGGUCUGAAGGGCACCAAGGGCGAGAAGGGUGAAGACGGCUUUCCUGGCUUCAAAGGCGACAUGGGCAUCAAGGGUGACAGGGGGGAGAUCGGCCCACCUGGCCCCCGAGGGGAAGAUGGCCCCGAAGGCCCCAAGGGUCGCGGAGGGCCCAACGGCGACCCCGGUCCUCUGGGACCCCCUGGGGAGAAGGGAAAACUCGGAGUCCCCGGACUGCCCGGCUACCCAGGAAGACAAGGGCCAAAGGGUUCCAUCGGAUUUCCUGGAUUUCCUGGCGCCAAUGGAGAGAAGGGUGGCAGGGGCACGCCUGGGAAGCCGGGACCUCGGGGACAGCGAGGCCCAACGGGUCCUCGGGGUGAGAGAGGCCCAAGGGGCAUCACCGGGAAGCCUGGCCCCAAGGGCAACUCCGGAGGUGAUGGCCCGGCCGGCCCGCCAGGUGAACGGGGACCCAAUGGACCUCAAGGACCCACCGGGUUUCCUGGACCAAAGGGGCCCCCGGGCCCCCCAGGCAAGGACGGGCUCCCGGGACACCCUGGGCAGAGAGGCGAGACGGGUUUCCAAGGCAAGACUGGCCCUCCAGGCCCGCCAGGUGUGGUCGGUCCUCAGGGUCCCACGGGGGAAACUGGUCCCAUGGGCGAACGCGGCCACCCUGGACCCCCGGGCCCCCCCGGUGAACAGGGGCUCCCGGGCCUCGCGGGAAAAGAAGGGACGAAGGGUGAUCCAGGCCCCGCCGGCCUUCCUGGGAAAGACGGUCCCCCAGGCCUACGCGGCUUCCCUGGGGACCGAGGGCUUCCUGGUCCAGUGGGGGCGCUUGGACUGAAAGGCAGUGAAGGCCCCCCCGGCCCGCCAGGCCCCGCGGGAUCUCCCGGGGAGAGGGGGCCGGCCGGUGCUGCUGGGCCCAUUGGAAUCCCAGGGCGACCCGGACCGCAGGGACCCCCCGGACCGGCUGGCGAGAAAGGCGCUCCCGGUGAGAAAGGUCCACAAGGCCCAGCCGGCCGAGACGGCCUGCAGGGUCCAGUGGGGCUCCCUGGUCCAGCUGGCCCCGUGGGCCCCCCAGGAGAAGAUGGAGAUAAGGGAGAGAUCGGGGAGCCGGGACAGAAGGGCAGCAAGGGCGACAAAGGCGAGCAGGGACCUCCCGGGCCGACAGGACCCCAAGGCCCCAUCGGACAGCCGGGCCCCUCCGGCGCUGACGGCGAGCCGGGUCCCCGAGGCCAGCAGGGCCUUUUUGGGCAGAAAGGUGACGAAGGCCGAGGUUUUCCUGGGCCCCCCGGCCCCGUGGGGCUGCAGGGUCUGCCAGGACCUCCGGGGGAGAAGGGCGAGACGGGAGACGUGGGUCAGAUGGGCCCUCCAGGUCCCCCCGGCCCCCGAGGACCCUCUGGAGCUCCCGGUGCUGACGGACCGCAAGGUCCCCCUGGCGGAAUAGGCAACCCCGGCGCAGUGGGAGAGAAGGGUGAGCCCGGCGAAGCGGGAGAGCCCGGCCUUCCCGGAGAAGGAGGCCCCCCGGGACCCAAAGGCGAAAGAGGAGAGAAGGGCGAGUCGGGCCCUUCUGGUGCUGCUGGACCCCCUGGACCCAAGGGCCCCCCCGGAGACGACGGUCCCAAAGGCAGCCCCGGCCCUGUCGGUUUUCCUGGAGAUCCCGGUCCCCCCGGAGAGCCUGGCCCCGCGGGUCAAGACGGUCCCCCUGGUGACAAAGGAGAUGACGGUGAACCCGGGCAAACAGGAUCCCCGGGCCCUACUGGUGAGCCAGGUCCAUCUGGGCCUCCAGGGAAAAGGGGUCCGCCCGGCCCCGCAGGCCCCGAAGGCAGACAGGGAGAGAAAGGAGCCAAGGGAGAAGCCGGCUUGGAAGGCCCUCCUGGGAAGACUGGCCCCAUUGGCCCCCAGGGGGCCCCGGGGAAGCCUGGUCCUGAUGGCCUUCGAGGGAUCCCGGGCCCCGUGGGCGAGCAAGGUCUCCCAGGAGCUCCCGGCCCGGAUGGUCCCCCCGGCCCCAUGGGUCCCCCAGGGCUCCCCGGCCUCAAAGGAGAUUCUGGACCCAAAGGGGAAAAGGGCCAUCCAGGCUUGAUCGGGCUCAUUGGACCCCCGGGCGAACAGGGCGAAAAGGGUGACCGUGGCCUUCCCGGCCCCCAGGGCUCCUCUGGCCCUAAGGGGGAACAGGGCAUCACCGGUCCUUCUGGCCCGAUCGGGCCCCCGGGCCCCCCAGGCUUGCCGGGCCCCCCUGGUCCAAAAGGUGCUAAGGGCUCCUCGGGUCCAACUGGCCCCAAGGGUGAGGCAGGCCACCCUGGACCCCCCGGCCCGCCGGGCCCCCCGGGCGAGGUCAUCCAGCCGCUGCCGAUCCAGGCGUCCAGGACGCGGCGGAACAUCGACGCCAGCCAGCUGAUGGACGAGGGGGAGGCCGAGAACUACAUGGACUACGCCGACGGCAUGGAGGAGAUCUUCGGCUCGCUCAACUCCCUGAAGCUGGAGAUCGAGCAGAUGAAGCGGCCGCUGGGCACGCAGCAGAACCCGGCGCGGACCUGCAAGGACCUGCAGCUCUGCCACCCCGACUUCCCGGACGGUGAAUACUGGGUGGACCCCCAAGGCUGCUCCAGGGACUCCUUCAAAGUCUACUGCAACUUCACGGCCGGAGGGUCCACGUGCGUCUUCCCCGAUAAGAAGUCCGAAGGGGCCAGAAUCACUUCUUGGCCCAAAGAGAACCCGGGUUCCUGGUUCAGUGAAUUCAAGCGCGGCAAACUGCUCUCCUACGUGGACGCCGAGGGCAACCCGGUGGGCGUGGUCCAGAUGACCUUCCUGCGGCUGCUGAGCGCCUCUGCCCACCAGAACAUCACCUAUAACUGCUACCAGUCGGUGGCCUGGCAGGACGCCGCCACGGGAGGCUACGACAAGGCCAUGCGCUUCCUGGGCUCCAACGACGAGGAGAUGUCCUACGACAACAGCCCCUACAUCCGCGCCCUGGUGGACGGCUGCGCUACCAGGAAAGGGUACCAGAAGACGGUGCUGGAAAUCGACACCCCCAAGGUGGAGCAGGUGCCCAUCGUGGACAUCAUGUUCAACGACUUCGGGGACGCAUCACAGAAAUUUGGAUUUGAAGUGGGGCCGGCUUGCUUCCUGGGCUAGGAGCCGCGAGCCCGGCCCCCAAGAGCAACCUCGUGACCUCAGCACGCCGCCUGGGGGUGUCCUGGACCGCGAAGGCCCCUCGUCCCUCCCCACCUCGUCUGUGCCUCGGCCCCCCGGGCCGCCCCACAGCAGAGACAGCAAAGGGAAGAGCCGCGCCCCCGCCCCGGAGCCGAAUCACAUGACCUAGACGCCCCAGAGCCUCCCGCUCCUCCAGCCCGGCCCCGUCUCCACCGCACUCCCCAGGGGCACGGAGGGGGCCCACGCCGCUGGCCCCGGUCGGCGGCUCUGAGAGUCCGCAGCGGUGAGGGCGAGGCUGCAGCAUUGGAGAUCUCGGUUUUUUGUCUUUUUCAUUUCAA